UCUCGUUCUCGUCCCUCACUUGUUGUAUGUGUCCGUUUGAAUUUGUGCGGUUUCAAGCUACCUGGUGGUUGUGCGACCUGUUGGAAUCCUGAGAAGACCACUGUUGUGUGUGAAGGUUAACGCUUUCUUACAUGUGCGUAAAAAGCGCUUAUCCUAAAGCGUUGUCCUCGUUCUUCUUACCUGUUUGUUUGCUCCGGUUGCGUACAGUGACUAUGCCCCGUUUUGGGUGACUACCCGUCGUGGCUGCCGUCGCUUUGACCUCUAGUCUGCUGGUCCCACAGCGGCGGUUUUUCCUUGGCGGCGUUGUGCGCUCUGAACUCCGGCUCAUCCUUGCAGAAGUUCCGCCGCAGUCCAAUGCACAGCGCUUCUCUGCUCUCCUCCUGCGAUAAGGAUGCUUUUCGUGGUCAAACUCCACAGGAUUAGCCUGAGGUGAACAAACGGACCAUGUAACCAGAUCAGAGAUGUUCAUGCAGAGUGGGUAUCCAGCGGUGUGACCUCUCACCUUUGACUUCUGACUUCUCUUCACCCUCACUACCUUCAAACACUCUUCUGAUGUGUUAAGCAACUUUGCUGAACAGUUUGAUGGAGAGCUGGUCGGAUGACAGCUGGAACUGUUGUCAUAACCGGAGGAAUACUGGCCACAGUGAUACUUCUGUGUAUCAUAGCUGUGCUCUGUUACUGUAGACUCCAGUACUACUGCUGUAAGAAGAAUGGGUCUGACAGCGCCUCCAUCUCUCAGCAACACUUUGCCUGCAAUGCAUGCAGUGUCUCCGGCCUGGACGGGUCGAUCAUCACCCCAUUGUCCAUGUCACCACCAGAGCCGCCCGUAUCCUCCGACCCCACCAAAUCCACAGGGGGUCAACGCAGUUACUGCCCCACCUGCUCACCCUAUGACUCGCCCUUUUACAUCCGUACCACUGAUGAGAUGCGCAACGGUGGCGAGCGCAUCACCUACAUGCCCACACACUAUGAGAACCAGGCGUUGGCGAUGCCACUGCCCACUGUCCGAGGCUCCCUGCUGAGGGAGACCCAGCGAGGCCGGCCUCCCGAUUUCUACACCAACACCCGAGCCAUCAGCACAGAGGUGUGACCAACCCAAGCCCCCACCCCCUCUCCACAACACUACCCAUAUACACAGAGACACUCCCCUGUUCACUUACACACAUAAACCAGCACCACCACUAACCAGACCACAAAAAUAAUGCUGACACCUACUGCAGCUGCCAGAGAGAUCUACUAGAUCCACUGUUUGUGGAGGUUAUAUGAUCAUGUUUAUUUGGGGGCUUGGGUUUGGGGGGAAUGUGGGGGGCUUGGGAAGUGAGGAUUGUCUAAACUGCUGAAGUGUGUGACAAGCAGGGAUCACUUGCAAACCUAGUUCAUCAGUUUAUACCCUUAAAUUUUAUGUUCAAGGUAAGUAAUUCUGUAACUGAUGGUAGAUAAAACUGUAGCUGUAAAGUCAAAGUAAAAAUGCCCCUUUAUGCUCUCACAUGAAGGGUAUGGUUGUAAACAUGUAAACUGCCUGUUGACUGUUACUAUAUCUUCACUGACUGAGGGCUAUCUUAGAUAAUUUAUGAUUCCCUUGCUACACAUCUUCCUAAAAGACAAAAAAGAGUAUAUAAAGUAAUAUAAAGUAAAUAUGAAGCAAUUUUGUCAUAAGAAGAAUGGAGACUGAAAUACAUUUCAAAAAUAAUUUGCAAUAGAAGGAAAAGUCAACAUCCCCUUUGCAGUUUUCUGGAUCUCUGGCAAGCAUGCUCGAGUUACAGGAAAGGCGGAAGACGACGGACGACUGGAGCUUUCUCUAUGCAAGCUGUCUGGCAAACUACUGCGGCUCUUCAUCUCCAGUCAUCUACUUUCAGCAGUUUUAGGCUCAUCAUGGAACUUUAUUGGAGGAAUAUUGUAAGCACGGUGCACACCCACUGAGAUAUUACGAACCUGCACCUGUAGAUAGACUUUCAAGCAUUUAAAACUGGAUCAUGGUUACAGUAGUUCAAAGCCUCAUGGGUUGCCAGGUCCACAUUGAACCCCCACUUUCUCCCCUAAGUUGUAAACCUCUGAAUGAGCAAGGACGCCCUGUGCCCAUGAACGGAACAGCGGUAAGCUUCAAGUGAAGGAGAGAGUGAAAAUCUCAGCGACGCAAAAAGUUUGAUAUGUAAAUAAUAACCAGAAAGCAAUGAAUUCAUCUCUUGAUCCCAUUGUGUUCUUGAUGGAGUGAGAUGCAGUUUGAACAUGAUGUAUUUUGAAUGAGGGAGUGUUAUUUACUAGUUUGUGCUAUUUUGUCUACACACUCCUCCUAUACUCCUGUACUACUCUCAUGUUGAAUCUUUGAAAUGCAAAUAACCAUGUCAUUUAUGUUCAUGUUUAUUUUUCAUAUUGUGAGGAAGUUAGAAUACACAUUAAUGUGAUUGAAAACUGUUUCAUUGUUUCUACAUAAUACUUAUCCAGUAUUGCUUGCCUUACACAAUAAUAUUUCCUGAGAUAUUUGUCCUUUCUGUGUAUUGCAGGAUUCAGUGAGGCUAAACAAUCAAUGCAAGAAACCUUAAGGACUUGCAUGGUGUGAUAAUGUAUGAUUAUUUUGAUUGAUGAAGAUUGUAAGGACAGACCUAGUAUUAUAAUUCAUCCAUUAAACAAAAAUGCUAUUCCCAACCUAUUUUCAGCACUGCAUAUAACAUAUGAUUAUUCAUUGAUCAGUGGCUACUUAAUUUAUUUAUUUAUUUAUUAAGGUUAAAUAGAUGCCAAGUGUAGUAGGAUUACACUGUACAUCCUGAAACUCCUCAAAACCAUUUAGAACAGAAUUGUUUAAAAGGACAAAUAAACAAACAGAGGACUGGCAAAAUGAAAGUUCAUCACUAAAGAUUGACAGGUUUGAUAUUUGGAAAACAGAAAGGUCUGGCCUGGAAUCUCCCAAGAUACAGUGAAAAAAAACAAGUGUUUCUCCAUAUUGUUGCCCACUACCACAGAUAAGGAUUUAUUGUCAUCAUUAAUUGAUUUAGGUAUUGUAUUAACUAUAUAUUUUACUCUUUGAAAACAUAAAAAAUAGCUUUUUAGAAAUGUGGUUAAAACCGAUAUCAUACCUGACGAAUACAGAAACAUUAAUAUGUGACAGUGUUGAAUUUUGACAAUUAAAGAUUUGUAACUGCUUGAAA